AACGUUAUGUGGACAUUGAAUUUGUCUGAAGUCGAAAGAAAAUUCUUAUAUAACCAAAGUAUAUAAGUUAAGACUACACUUAUGUGGAAAAUUAAAUGACAUUUAGUGACUAGAAGAGUUCUACAUUCUAGAAUCUCGACAUCUAUACCCCGAGCAUUAAUUCGAAAAUCGCAUGCGCACAAACAGCUAAAGCUUAUUGGCCAUUUUAAGUAGCAGACGUACAUAAGCGGAGAAUAUAAAGCUAAUGAAGGACAAUGAGGAGAAAACAAUAUGUUAUAAGAAUAACAUCAUUAUUUCUCGACUGUCAAACAUAGUUAUCAGGAUUCUAGGAUGCAAUCCUGGGCCGAUGACUCUGCAAGGGACAAAUACUUAUCUUGUUGGCAGCGGUUGCAAAAGAGUAUUAAUUGAUUCAGGAGAUACUCACACUGCAAAGCAAUAUAUAACUCAUCUUAAGCAGAUACUUACCGAAGAAAAUGCAACAAUCGAACAUUUGAUAUUAACACAUUGGCAUCAUGAUCAUGUAGGCGGAGUGUUAGAAAUACAAAAUGAAUUAAAAUCUUUGAGCUCAAAACAAGCGAUGGUUUGGAAAUUUCCACGAUCGAUUAACGAUCCAGGAGGCGAAGAAGAAGAAAAAUUUCUUGGAUCUUGGAAUUCUUUGAAAGAUAAGCAAUUUAUUGAAGUAGAGGGAGCACACUUGAAAAUAAUACACACACCAGGCCACUCGACAGAUCAUAUUUGUCUCUUAUUAGAAGAAGAACGCGUGCUUUUUAGUGGUGAUAGUGUCCUCGGUGAAUCUUCAGCUGUUUUCGCUGAUCUGUCUGACUAUCUGAUAUCCUUGCGCAAAAUACUCAAAGAAUAUAUAACAUUGAUAUAUCCAGGACAUGGUCCUGUUAUUGAAAAUCCCUAUUUGAAAAUUCAGUCAGAUAUUGACCACAGAAUUAUGAGAGAAAAUCAAAUUGUGGAAUUUUUGAAAAGCAGAAAAGGCCAGAAGCACAAUGUUAUGGACAUUGUUAAGUUUUUAUAUGCGGAUACACCAAAAGACCUUUGGCUAGCAGCAGCGUCAAAUGUCACACAACAUUUGAAAGAACUCUUGAAAGAAAACCGAGUUGUUAACGAAAAUGAAUUGUGGUUUAUAGAUUGUUAAUUACUAUAUGUACAUAAAGAAAAAAUUUGUAAUAUUUUUUGUAAAUAAAGCAUUGUACAAGAAAAUGAAUAUACC